AUGGAGGAAGAUAAUCGUCGCAGAGCUAAAGAACUUCAAGAAAUUUUAUCACGUGAGAAGGAACGUCAGCGUCAUAUGUUAGAAGCCGAAACUAAACGCAAGCGGGAGGAGGAGGAAGCUCGCAUGAAUCUGGCACUCCAAGCAGCCCAGCAUACUAAAGAGCUCGAGCAAGAACAAGCCAAAAAAGCUGAUGAAGAGCAGCGUCGACGUCUUAUUAAAGAACAACAGCGCCAACAGCAGCAGGCAUUUGAGGAGGCACAUGCUGAACGCAUUCGACAACAGGAAAUCGCCGCGCGAGCCGAAGCGGCGGCAAAAGCGGAACAACAAAGGAUCAAAACAGCAAACAGCAGAUCAACAACACGCAGCAAAGGUUGCAUGGCAAACUAUUCCUCAGGUUACAAAACCCAUUCAGAUGAAUAUUGUUCCGCCAGUAACUCACAAUCAGCAGCAAACUUCAGCUACAAAUAAA